AUGAAAGUUCUUCCAUUCUUAAUUGCUUAUGUUAAAGCAUUAUUAUUGCUUUCAUUAUUACCAAUUGUAUACAUUUUGGUAACGGCACCACCGCCAGAACCUAAAAAGGUUAAUCCAAUUGAUUUAGAAAUCGUAAAAAGAGCAAAAUUAAUGAAAACAAUGCUAACAACUGAUCACAUGGAAGAAACAACAACAACAUCAAUGAUUUCGAAUCUCACACAAUAUCUAAACGAUCCUACAACCAGAGAUUUAACAGUUAAACAAUGCAUUAAAAAUAAUUUAUUCGAUUUAACACUUGAUAGAGUCGAUUUUAUUAACCUUCGCUGCAAAGAACUUAAAUUCAAACGUUAUAUUUUCUACUUAGUAAGUUUUGCACGUGAACUUGUUGUUCAUGGCAAUGAAACAAUGUUUAAAUGCCGCAUGCAAACAAUUCUCAAUACAAUGGAGUCAUGCCAUGACCCACAAGUUGAUAAACUUUGCUUAUAUCUCAUGGUCACUGCAAUUAACACUCCAACAGGUGGUCUUUGUUUCAGAGGAGCCUUUAAAUCACUUGUGGCACUUGCUUCGAAGUUCCCAUUCGGCACAAUUGACUGGGAACUCGCAUCAAUUGCAGGAAUCUUUGCUGAUCGCGUUGAUAAAGUUGCUGAAGUUGAUAGAGAAGGCAUCUGUACUCUGGUAGAACGCAUGCUCAAAUAUCGCGCUCAUUGGGAUGAUAAUCUCAAAUCUCAUUUCUGCUGGUUAUACAAGAACGUUGAAUGCCAUGCAUUUGACAAAGCAAAUAUGGCCGAGCUAUUGCGCGAUCCAGUUUGCAUCGAAUUUCUUAAAUUAGCAGAAAGUGUUGAAUCUGACUUAUAA